CCAGAUAUUUUGGCCCAGUCCAAUACUUUACAACUCUUCAUCCCCUCCAAAUUUCCUUCUGUAACCCCAAAAAAAAUGUACUCUACUCAUGUCACUUCCUUCAUCUCCAUUCCAUUUCCUCCAUCAAAAUCAAAAACAAAUUCACACCCUAAAACCCUUCAUCCUAAACUAUGCAACUCAACUCCAAAAAUGUCGCUUAACCAAACCCCAAACAACACUAAACUCAUAAACACAAUCACUAAACUCCUAUGGGGUCCAUCCCUACCACCCCAACUCCUCAUCUCCACCGUCCGUUCAACCUGGUCCGCCACGUGGCAACUCAUGAUGUCCCAGCUCGCUCCAUCCGACCCAACCGGAUCUUACACCCGACCCACUUCUCAAUUUCGCUUAAACAAUUUAAAUUCUAACCCAAAAUUGAAGAAACUACACCUUUAUGUGGGCCUACCAUGUCCAUGGGCCCACAGAACACUAAUUGUACGAGCUUUAAAGGGUCUAGAAGAUUCUAUACCCGUUUCAAUUGCUUCACCCGGAAUUGACGGGUCAUGGGAAUUUCGGGUUUUACCCGACCCGGGUAAGGAUAAGAUUGUUCCUUGUUUGGAUAAAGCUAAUGGAUGUAAAACCUUAAAAGAGGUGUAUAAUUUGAGAAGUGGUGGUUAUAGUGGUAGGUCUACUGUACCAAUGUUAUGGGAUGUGGAGAAAAAGGAUGUUUUUUGUAAUGAGAGUUAUGAUAUUAUUGAGUUUUUUAAUUCGGGUUUGAAUGGAAUAGCUGGAAAUAGUGAGUUGAACCUUGCACCAACUGCAUUGAAAGAUGAGAUACGAAAGUGGAACGAUAUAAUCUAUCCAAACGUUAAUAAUGGCGUGUACAGGUGUGGAUUUGCACAAAGUCAAGAAGCAUACGAUAAGGCAGCAGAAGGGUUGUUUAGAACACUGGAAAUGUUGGAGGAUCAUUUGGGGGGUUCAAGGUAUUUAUGCGGGGAUGUUUUGACACUUGCAGAUGUGUGUUUGUUCACUACUUUGAUUCGGUUUGAUGUGGUCUACAAUGUGCUCUUCAAAUGCACCAAGAAGAAGCUCAUUGAAUUCCCCAACCUCCAUGGGUAUCUAAGAGACAUUUAUCAGAUACCAAAGGUUGCUGAAACUUGCAAUAUGGGCCAAAUAAUGGAAGGUUACUACAAGAUUCUGUUCCCAUUGAAUCCAGGGGGCAUUAAUCCCAUUAUGCCUAGUGGUUGUGAGGAUGAAGUGCUCUCCAAGCCUCAUAAUAGAGACUCCUUGUCACUGGAGGCAAACGUUGUGCGAUACUCUGUUUCUUAAAUUCUAGUCCUUAUGCGGUGUGUACAUGACUACUUUUAUUGAAGAGUUAUAGACAGAAGCAGAUCCCGGAUAUAGAUGCGAGGGCAUUAAACCUUCUGCCAUGCACACAUCCAAAUUUAGUGUGUGUACUUGUUUGUAUGUAUAAUUGUAUAUAUUAGAAUUCAAGUGUAUGUUGCA